AAGCCCAAGAUUCAAGGGCAGACUCUGCGGAAAGCUUCUCGAGUGUGUUUGUUUCCCCCAAGUUUCUGCCUCAAGCGAACAGACGCAUCAGGGCCGUUGCGAGGACUGUGCGGCCUGCAAAUCUCGUGUUUUGUAGCUCAGCUUUGCUUUGCUUUGCUAUACAGUGAUACCGUCCGUUGUUCCAAGGUUGUACACACACAGCACCUCAGAGAGAUCCCUCUUUGCAUUGGAGCCUCAGCCAAGUCCAUUUCCUUUCACGGACUGCUGCGACAGCACACAAAGUGA